CACGGCUCAUUCGUGAGUCGGACGGCAAGGCGAACGGGUCGCCUCCUGAGCAGCAGCAGCAGCAGCAAUCCGAGCAUUCCCUCCCUCUCCACCAGGGUAUAAAGGGAACGGUGCAACCGCACCACGGCUCAUUCGUGAGUCGGACGGCAAGGCGAACGGGUCGCCUCCUGAGCAGCAGCAGCAGCAGCAAUCCGAGCAUUCCCUCCCUCUCCACCAGGGUAUAAAGGGAACGGUGCAACCGCACCACGGCUCAUUCGUGAGUCGGACGGCAAGGCGAACGGGUCGCCUCCUGAGCAGCAGCAGCAGCAACCUGAGCCUUCCCCGCACCCUGUGAGUAUAACGGGAACGGUGCCAGCGCGCCAAAGCUGGUUCCAUAUUUGGACAGCUAGGCAACUAAUCCACUAAGAGUUCGAUACCCAAAUUGUUUGAAUUCAAAAUUUCCUUCGGGAUAUUUUGAAAUCAAACUCUCCAAGAGUUAUUCGGAAAAUUAUAUUUCCUACCCCUUAAGAGUUGGAUACCGAAACAAAAAUCAGACCACAGUGAUGGAGGAGCAACGCCCGGUUUCUAUCCCACCGCGGCCACUGAAGGCAUCAUCCAAAAACCACGACAAUGGCGCAUCCGGUAGCAGCGUACCAGCGGUUCCCUCUCGGAAAUCAAGCAAAGUGACAAAGAAAAUGUUGCUGGAAGAAUUAGCAGCCGUGAAAUCCGAAUUAGCUACAAUGAGAUCCGAACGAGAAACCGUGUCGGAGUCGACCUCUGGCUCCAUCAACUUCAGAAGUAGCGAAAAUUUGGAACCAAGGCAGCAGUCAUCCCUAGAGGACGAAUCUCUUUUGGCAACGCUGAGUCACAUGUCUCUCGGCUCCUUGAACAUACCGGAGUGUAAGCCAUCGGAUGGAGAAACCGAUGUGGACAAAAUGGCUUACGAACAUUGGAAAGAGAUUCUUGCCGCCUCGUUCAGUUUGAUGGGAGCGAUCAAUGAGAGAGCCAAAAUGGAUAUUUUUCGUAUCAAAGCCGGCCCAAAGUUAUUGGAGGUGAUGAAGGCGACGUCGUCCACUCCAAAUAUGCCAGAUGAACAAACCAGUCCAUACUCCAAUGCGAUCGCUCGGCUGGAUCAUUACUUCGGCUCGCGGAACUACAUCAUCGGACAGCGUGGAAAGCUACUCAACAUGAUUCAACACGAAGGAGAAUCGAAUGUUGUGUAUGUGAGACGUGUGGCAGCGUCUGCGAAGCUCUGCGGCUAUAAAUCUGAGGAAGAGAUGGAGGCAGUCGUGCGUACCUUGUUGAAAGGGGCCUCCGAUAGCCGUGUCCGCGUUCUGGCUCAAAGAAACUGGACGAAUGAGGGCGACAUAAACAGCUUAAUCACGCUGGUUCGUGACCAUGAAAUGGAGCUGUUCAACGAAGAGGAGUACCAGAAACUGAACCGCAAAAAUCGUCCUUCCGUUGCGGCUAUAGUGCAGCAUACGGAUGCUAGAUCGCAUCAACAACGUGGUGGACCGAGAUACAGGGGAGCUCAACGCGGAAGAGGAUCAUUCAGGCGAGCACAGGCUAGCUUCCAAGGAACAUCUCGACGUACGUGCUGGCGGUGUGCUAGCAUCUACCACGAUCCGUCUGCGUGCCCAAGUAUUGACAAGGUGUGUCACAACUGUAAGCGGCGCGGACAUCUGGCCCGUACGUGUUCAUCCCAGCCACAAUUCGGAGUCGGGCAGAAACGUGCACUCAAUGAUCGGGACGAUGAGGAGCCAAAGCCGAAGAUCGCAGCUAUCACACAGAGCGGAGAGGAGGAUACUAACAAGGUACAAGACAAUGUUGAUAUUGAAUAGUAA